CUCUUCUUCCGUUUUUUCUUUUUUUUUCUUUUUUGGAAAUAUGUUUCCCUGCAGAAAUGAUGGAUGCAAUAGACUCCAUUGAUCCAUACAGCCGACCAGCGCGCAGGACACAAUGGAUAGUGAGCACUUUGGCGUACCAUUACGGACUGGACCGGGGAGUGGAGAACGAAAUUAUAGUUUUGGCCACCGGCUUGGAUCAGUAUUUACAGGAGAUUUUCCACCACAUGGACUACCAAGGUGGAGGCAAAAUCCCCGUGGAGGACUUUAACAUCCUGUGCGAAGUUCUGGGACUGAACAAAGACUCGUCGGAGGACACGGAGUGCGCCGGCGUUUUGGACAAUCUGCCCAGCGAGCUCACGUUCAGGCACUUCCACGCGAAACUCUGCGGAUACUUCAGCACCAAGGCCGGCUGUCAGUAUGAGAACGGCCGGCUGCUGGUCGGCAUGGACAGCGAGCACAUAGAGACUCAGAUCCGCCUCAGGAGCCCCCUGAAGCGGCGAGAGAAGCUGCUGUCUGUGGGCGCCAGCGGCCGGUCCUCCCCUUCCCCGGAGGGACGGCACGCCUCCGGCUGCAAGCUCGGCUCCUGCACCCGGGAGUGCUACGAGGAGAUCGUGGCCCUGGAGGAGGCGGAGGACCGGAUAGCCAAGCUGGAGGAUGAGAAUGCGAGUUUGAGGGAGCUGAUUGAGGACAUGCGAGCUGCGCUUCAGAGCAGUGAUGCCCGCUGCUUGGCUCUGCAGGUCGGACUGUGGAAAAGCCACUCCAAGCACAAACCAGAAGAAGGCUGCUUCAUUGCCCACCAGAGACAAGCGGCCCAGAAAAGUGUGGCCGACACCAACGUGAAAAGCAGCACCUACACAGAGCUGAAGAGCUUGCAGAACAUUAUCCAUGAGAUCGAGCUGCUUCGUAGCUCCAGAGACCGUCAGGUGGAGGAAGCCAUGCUGUCUAAUCAGAGACUGGAGCAGGAGCUGUGGAGCUCUAAAGAGGCCAUGGCCGCUCUGGAGGACUGUAACCGGGCUCUGAAGAGGGAGCAGGUGGGCAUGAGGAGGAAGGUGGAGGAGGCCAGACAGGCGCUGGUCAGUGGACUGGGGAAAGUGAAGGACCUGGAAGCCAAGGCCAGUCAUGUGCCAGCGCUGCAGAGCCACAUCCUGCAGCUGGAAUCGGAGCUCCUCUUCUACAGGUCGGAAGUGUCAAAACUACAACUUCCAAGCAGCACCAGGGCGGAGCAGCAGCUGAGCGUCGGCGGCAGGCUGAACCAGAGAUGCUGCUUGGACGCCCAACACGACCGCUGCUCCCCGACAGGUCGCGCUGUCACCACCCCGGACAAGAUGGAGGAGCAGCUGUUUCGGUCGGUGGAAGGCCAGGCAGCCUCAGACGAAGAGGAGGACAAGUGGACCGGAGAUCAGCAGAGGCGGGUGGACGAGGUGAAGAGGAUCCUGACCAGACUGUCCUGUUGUGGGGAAAGGUGCGAUGACAAGACAUUCAAGAAGCUGAUGUCUAAUUUCGGGAGCUCGAGAAGCGAAGAAAGCUGCAGCGCAGUGGUGGAGCUCUUGGAAAGGGUGACCAGGUUGCAUAAGCAGCUGGAGUUGAAAGAAAGCAAAGCAGAGAUGGACAUGGACCAGAUGAAGGACUCCCUGAUGCAGGAGCUGCAGCAGAAGGCCGAGGAGACGGAGCUGCUUCAGAUGGAGCUGCAGAUGCUGGAGACGGAGAGGGUUCGCCUGUCGCUGGUGGAGGAGAAGCUCGUGGACAUCCUGCAGCUCCUCCAGCAGCUCAGAGACCUGAACGUCUCACGGAGGUCUCUCGGGAAAAUCUUGCUCAGCACAUUGGAGUCUUGCAGCGACCCGCAACACGGCAAAGCCCACAUUCUGGAGGUGCUCAACGCUCUCUAUCAUGAGCUGGCUGCUUGUGAGAUUCUGUCUACUGGGGGACCUUUGGAGAGGACGCAGAGUCAGCAGUCUCUCAAUGGCCUCAUCAUCUCCUGCUAAGCAAGACUGCCUCCUGGUGGGCGCAGAACGCUCUAACAUCUUCCUCACGGACACUGAAAACCUAAUGGUGGUCAAAAAUCAAGCUGAUGUGUAUAUUGUAUUAUACUGUAGCUUAUAUACGCUGUUCAUCAUAUCUUAUAUAAAGGGACGUUAGCCUAGAAUUAUUGUACCGAAGAUAAAAAUGAAAUUCUUGUUUAUACAGGUUUUUUUUUUUUUUCCCCCUCAAGAGCUUUUAUUGCACAUUCAUGAUCCACUAGGGAAUGCUUUUGUGAUUAAUUGUUCUACAACAGACUUAUUAAUGUGAAAAUGUGGAAAUAAGCUCAACUUUAAAGGAGUGUAAAGUGCUCCACUAGACAACAGGCCAAUGACAUGCUCGGUAAAAGAUUUUAAAGGUUCACAAACCUGCAUUUUAAAAUCAGAUGAGUUGAGGGGAUUUUGUUUUUAUAAAAUGCCGAUGCAGACUAUACCGAGGAAUGCAACCGAUGUUUGACCAACUCUGUAGACCACAGCUGGUGUGCACAACACUGAGUUUUAUACCAGGGGUCCUUAUUAAACAUGUAAUGUUCAGAACCAUCAACCACAUUGUAGCAUCACAUGAGCUGGACCAAUAAAACAUCAUUGCAAUUUUGUAAA